AUGCCCACUGGCAGCGCUGGUCGUCUAGCUGUUGCUGAAGACCAAGCCACGGAUUGUACUAUUGCUCUGACGACAAUUGACGAUACCGGCGACAACACAAUCUCUCCCGAGACCAACGGCGCCGAACCAACGCUUACGCCGGCUGAAAUCAACAACCUCGCGGCAACCAUCCACGAAGCCAACUCCGAGCCUGUUGGCGGCCCCAAGCCUGAAGCCGACCUUAGCGAAGACGACGACGCUCCUCGCGCUAGCGUUGGAGACGAUUCCUACUACUGGGAUCCCUCCACGAUGGCUCCGCUCAACGCUCGUUCUGCGGCCGCCAUUGCCCGCCUGCGCGCCUUCCGGCCACCACCUUUUCCCCUCUGGGACCGCUUACCGGUCAGCCGGCGCGCUGCAGUGCUGGUGCUGCUGUAUGCCGACCGGCGAGGCGACCUGCGCGUUGUGUUGACCAUGCGUGCUGCCAGCCUGCGCAACUACUCGGGUCACGCAGCGUUCCCGGGCGGCAAGGCCGACUCAAUCGAAGAAUCAGCCGAGCAGAUUGCACGGCGGGAGGCGUGGGAGGAAAUUGGCCUGCCACUGGAUGACUCGAAGCUGCCGCGGCCGUUCCGGAUCGAGCAUCUGUGCGACCUGCCGUACAAUCUGGCCAAGACAGAACUUGUGGUGCGGCCAUGCGUUGCGCUACUACACGCAAGCGAGGGCGAUGUUGGGGCACCGGAGAGAACACAUGGCGCCGCAUCCAACAGUGGCGGUGAUGACGAGAUCACGCCCGAUGAAGCACUUAUUCCAAAGUUGGACGCCAAGGAGGUCGCCGCCGUGUUCAGCGCUCCCUUCCACAACUUUUUGCUACCAACAGACGAGGUAUCCAAGGACGACGGCAUGCCACUGGCGCUUUCACAGAUCAAGCUUCAAAAUGGCAAGAACGGGGUUCCACUACGCCGGCCAAAGCUGCCGCCAGGUCCCUGGUACGAAGGCUCAUGGAUCCAUUGGCACGAGGAACCGUGGCGGAUGCACUUCUUCUACGUGCCCGUAGUGGGCCAGCGUGUAGCUAAGCCGCGGAAGCGGGUACGUGACGUCGGAGACGACGUCGACAGCAAAAAGAAGCCAACGGCAGCAGUCGUAGUCGCAGACCAAGCCGUAGGGACACCCCCCGCCGUGGUCACUGACAAGGAAGACGAGCAAAAGGACCAGGAUGAAUCCGUUACCGACGAAAUUGGAGAUUCCCCUGGUCGUUAUAAAGUGUGGGGCAUGACGGCACGUAUCAUCGUCGACGCAGCCAAGCUGGCGUACGGAGAGACACCUGCUUUUGAGCACAACUCGCACUUUGGCGACGAGCGCAUCAUCGAAGGUCUGGAGAAGAUGGGCCGGCUGGGUGAGAAGAAGAAGGCAGGCAGCGAGCUGACCCAUGAGGACCUGAAGGAGGCGAGCAAGAUGUAA